CUGGUGGGCGGGGUGACAGGGCGGAGCUCGGGUGACGCAGCGCUCACGUGACCGCCGGGCUCCGAAGUGGGCACCGGUCCGGGUGCCAGCCCUCCCUCCCUGCUGUCGGACUCGGAGCCGUCUGGGAGCCCAUAAUUGUUGCUCCAGGUUCUUUCAGGUGUACUUGUCUGUUGUUCCCAGUGCUCUACUGGGCUAGAGAAAGAGGAGGAACCUGUCCAGAAUCCCCGCAGGACAGGAAAAGGAAGGGACACUCAACAUGGAAAAACCCUGCAGUGAAAAUGAAGGAAAGCCUGAGAACCAAGGCAAGAUGGAAAACAAAGAACAGCCACUGGAUGCGGGAAAGCCGGGAGUAGCUUGUACUGUGGAAGACAAGGAAAAGUUAGAAAACAAGGGAAGGACAGAUCUCAAGGGAAAGACAGAAGAUGAGGAAGUACUAAAGGAUAAGGAAAAGCCAGAGAGUGAGGCAAAGCCAAAAGAAGGAAAUCCAGAGAGCCAAGGAAAGCCAGUGAGUGAGGGAAAACCAGAGAGUGAGAGAAAGCCAGUAAGUGAGGGAAAGCCAGUGAGCGAGGGAAAGCCAAAAGAAGAAAAGCCAGCCAGCGAACCAAGGGCAGCAGGAAAGCGCCCAGCUGGGGAUGAUGUACCCAGGAAGGCCAAAAGAAAAACCAACAAGGGGCUGGCUCAGUGUCUCAAGGAAUACAAGGAGGCCAUACACGAUAUGCAUUUGAGCAAUGAAGAGAUGAUAAGAGAAUUUGAUGAGAUGGCCAGGGUGGAGGAUGAGGUGAAGAAAACCAGACAGAAAUUGGGGGGGUUUAUGUGGAUGCAAAAAAGUUUACAGGACCCCUUCCACCCGAGGGGCCCAAGGGAACUCAGGGGUGGCUGCAGGGCCCCACAAAGGGGCUUUGAAGACAUUCCUUUUGUGUAGUGCCCCUGGCAGGCAUUUGCAAGGCCUUGUGCUGUAUUUAACCUUAUGCUAAUACUAUGCUUUAGGUGUCACUCUCUUUAUCCAACUGCAGCCCUGUGUGUUUCAGUAGCAGAUUUUCAUCCAUUGCAUGGAAAAAUGUUUAUGAUGCAUUGUAAAAUGUUUAAAAAAGUUUUCAGAACCAUAUAUAUGGCAUCAGUCCAUUUUUGUAAAACUACAAAGAUACUUACCUAGUGAUCCAUGUACAGAAAAAACGCGGAAAGCUGUGUCUACUAAAAGAUUAACAGUGGUUAUCUAUGGGUGAUUUUUUUCUGUUUUUUUGUUCAUCUGUUUAUAUUCUCUUAAAAAAACACAGAUUACUUUUAUCAUAACAAUAAUGAAAGAUAAAAAAAUAGGAAAGCAAUACCAAGCAAUCAAAAGUACUGUUCAGCUUAUGAAGGCAGUGGAGACACAUAAAAUUUCUGUUGUCAGGACAUGAAAUGAUAAGUAAAAGUCACAUUACCUCUGGGACUCAAAGCUGGAAGAAUCAACCUGGCAAUUAUUACAGAUCCAUUAUUGUAAGGGAGAGUCUUAGCAUCAGUGAAUUGGGGAUAAAACUUGCCUUCCAGGGCUGUGGAGAAUAUCCGAUGAGAUGCUGAGUGUGUGAACUGUGUUAGGCUGGCUCCUACCCUCUCUCCUGCACUAGCAGGACCAGAACCCCAUCAGAUGUUUGGGAGAGGGCCGAGGGAGCUCUCACGUGUGUCCAGGAUUAAGUCCAGACAGCUGAGAGGUGGGUGCCACUUUACCCUGGGUAAUGCCAUGACUCUUGGGCGCUGUGCCUCUUCUAGUUUGUCCUGUACCCUCCUAAGGCCCCCACUGCUGCUGAUGUGCUGGAGAUCAUGAUGGACUAAAGCAACACAGUGUCACAACAGAAGGGUGGAGAAUUCUCUACCUACAGUAGAGUUUCCCUAACUCCGGUGGGUAGCACCCAAUUGUCGCUUGGGCCUUGAUAUUUAUGAAGUUCUUAUAAAACACACCUUUCCAAGUUUUUUGUUGGUUUGUGUGUGUUUUUGCAUACAGCCCUCUCCACUGGAUUUAGAUACAGGAGAUUGAGCCAGGAGAAAAAUCUGAGUGACCAGAUGCUGUGCUAGUCUCACCCGUUAAUCUCUUGUCUGCUGACAUUUUCUUCUUAGAAGGAGCUGUCCCCUAGGAAAUUCCUGUUAAGCCCUGGCUUAUCAUUUCAGCAGACCCAUCUACCUAUGUGAUUUUUUCCUCUGGCUCUUCAUUAGCCUUUUAUUUCCUUAUAGUGUUUCUUUAAAUAAACUUAUUUUAGGACAGUU